AGUGAACUCCCAUUGCCAACUCCUCUCGUCCCCUUCUCCCGAACCUCACUUCUACCUUCAGUUAGGUUCAAACAACAACUUUCAUGUUGAACCCUAUACCAUUAUGAACUCUCUCUUCCAUUGUGAACUUUUUUUCAAACGGAUGCUCCAUUGCAGAGUUGAAUAUGGAGGUCUUUUCCAUCUGUAUAUAGUGAAACGAGUUGACAAAUUAGGGAAAGAGAAGUUCAGGAAUCAGGGGCCAAAUGACAAAAGGGCGCAUCAAAUCACACUGCAGAGUGACGAUGAGAGGCCUAAGUUCCCUUCUAGGUCGGCGGUCUAAUGGUACCAUAAACAGAGUACAGAGGCUGACUAGUGACUCCACAAGUGUCCAAUUCUAUCUAAGUCACAAUGAAUUGAAGGAAAGAAACCCACCCAUUUGUCUCCCUACGUACCCUAGCUAGGAAAUGAAACCACUUCCAUUUUCUCCUUCGUUCAUGGCCGGCCAAGAAGCAAACUGAUGAUCCCCAUGACUGGUUUGGCUGCCCUGCAGGCCAUCAAUUAUUUCUCUUCUUUUGCACCUGGUGGUUGGCUUCCUAGCUUGAAUUCAUAGGGUGGUGGGUGGCAAGAAGAGUUCUUGGAGGAAGGAGAAGUCAUGUGUGUUGCUAAACCCGGAAUGAUAUAACCUGACUCCGCCGCCACGGUUGAUUUACACACGCAUGGUAUCGUAGACGUGUGAAAACUUAAUUCAAGUCCAUGAGGUAGUUUUUGAUAGAGAAAGCGUGUAACGUCACUGUGUCCACUGAUGGGUCAUUCCUUCCAUCCUCGUGACAUGCAACACUCAGGGAUGCAGUAGAGAUUGGUAGGACUACCUACACGCCGACAAAGUGAAAAGUUGUUCCAUCUCUUAUACGAAAAUUCGAAUGACUUGAGGGUCCUGAAACGAAGCAAUUUUGACUAUGGUGCUAUUAGGAGUUGCGAACCGUCACAUCUUUCCCGCAUAUAGUCUGACGACUCACAAGUCUAUGUGUUAGCACCAUAGCCGGAUUGGAACUGAACAAUGGAUACAAAACUUCUUGUUUGGGUUGGUUUCUCGACGAAACACUUUCUACCUGGCGAUUAGGGAGAUUCAGCUUGAAAGAGACCAACCUCAUUGCAUUCAUACAUAAGCUAACUUCAGUUUCAGGGACAACAACCCAAGUUUCUAUCAACAAACAAUUUGCCGACUGCAAAUCCUGUAAAGAAUGUAUCUCUUUGUACAAGGUCUGGAAAUGAAACCUCACCUCGCCCUCUUCUCCAAGAUCACAUGAGUUAUGAGUACUUUUUUUCUUUUUUACUACAGCCGUCCCAUGGUGACGCCGGCGUCUCCAGCGAGGGAAGGCAUGCCGUCGCUAGCCUUGGAAUGGUGGAUGUAGUAGAACUCCGACGCGAUCCCGGUGAAAAGAAUGAAAGCAGCUCCGGCGCCGAAAAUCCCUUUCCUCAACGCCUUGCAAGAGAAGGAAUCGGUCAGGUAUCCCGUGUGCUUGGCGUUGCGGAUUGCGGCAGCCAAGAGGCACACCUCCGCGAUGAUGAAGAACACCCUGCAGAAGUCGCCCCCACGGCAAAUUGUAACAAAAUCAUGGUUGAUAAUUGAUAUUGAGGUAGUAUCUCGAAAGUCUUAAAGAGAGUGACCCAGUACACGAUUCACUCAAAUGAGUAACACAAUUUUUUUUUGUUCGAUUUCUAAUUUAACAUUUAGUAAAUCAAGUCAAGAGAUGAAAUGCCACAACCAAUAGUUUGAUAAGGUAAGCCAAAUGAUUGUCGGCCUUCAACAGGAAUGUGUAAUGGUUUGGUUCGUACUAGAAUGCAUCAGAAAGCAAAUUGAUGUUGAACCGCACUAUUCGAAAGCGAAUAUAAUGUGGUGCGGCCCUUAAUCUCAUGAAUUUUACAAUGAUGAAAAAAGUUGGACCGAAAUGACAUUUAGAUCCGACCAAAUCGGACUAAAUACACUGUUGAUCUAAUCCUUAAUACUAAAAUGUCUAAACGCCGAUUCUUAUAAACUUGAUUUGGAUCA